AUGAAGCCGAGGGCACACCUACGAAGAGCAGAGACUUUCACGCUUCAUCACCCUGAAAGUGAAGACCUGGCUUUCCUCUACGGCACCAUACUGACGGAUGGGAAAGACGCCUUUAGCGAGGAGCCCACCACCAACAUCUGCGUGUUUGCAGACGAACAGGUCGACCGAAGUCCGACGGGUUCGGGUGUGACGGCCCGCAUCGCCUUGCAGUACCAUAAGGGACUCAUCCAGCUGGAUCAGACCAGAACCUUUCGGAGCAGCACCACAGGCUCAUUGUUCACUGGGAAGGCGGUGAAGGAAGCCAAGUUUGGGGACUACAAUGCUGUCAUCGUGGAAGUCUCAGGAGAAGCCUUCUACACCGGUACAGCCACCUUCACUGUCGAAGAGGAGGACCCGCUGAAAUAUGGCUUCUUGUUCAAGACUAGGAACAACGUGGCCGCUUCCCUCUCGGCCCCGGGCCGCCGGCCGGAGCCCCGGAACCAGGCUGACCGCAUGCAGGAGCGCUAUGUCAACCGUCAGGGUGGCCCCCUGGGCAGCACCGUGUCCUCCUCCAGCCCGGCGAGCGGGGGAGAAGUGGCCAUGUGGGCCUGCAAGAACCCUGCCGUCCUCUUCUGUCGGGAUGGACAGCCGGACACCAUCUCUGAGGCCGCCUUGCAGGCCAAAGCAGACACUGUUGACACCAGCCUCUGA